AUGUGCAAUAUCAGUGACUGAUGACAUCAUCACAAUCCCACAGCCUGCUCUUCUAGUGCCCGAUAGGCCUGCUGAUCUGUGUCAGUGUUGGUGGUGAUGUUCUCUGUGUGUGUGGGCUGGGCUGCCUGUUGUCACAGUGUUUAUCUCCCCCCAUUGCCUGGGGAAUUCCAGCCUGGGAUCUGUCAGAGUGUGGAUCCAUCAUCCUCCACUUACUGCAACUGUCACCUGCCACUGCCAGCCACAAAUACAGUCCGUCUGUGACACUGAUUUUGUCUUUAAUAUUGGUGCAGGUAGUAUCUUAUGGCAC